CGAGCAGGUGGCGGUGCCGCUGCGGCCCCCCCGUGCCCGGCCGGCUCCCCGCCCCCCGCGCGCCCUGCCGCCGCCGCCGUUCCCAUUCCCGUGCCCGUUCCCAUUCCCCUCACGUCCGCCUCCCGGCCCCGGCGCACUCGCUCCGCCGCUCCGCGAUGGCCAGCACCUUCGCCCGCGCCCUCUCCGGCCGCCGCUCCGCCGGUCUCCUGGCCAUGGUGGGCGCCGGCUCGCUCGCCGCCGGUUUCCUGCUCGCCCGGGACACGCUCAGCGCGGGCGACCGGCAGCGGCGGCGCUACCCACCCAGCGCUGAGUACCCCGACCUACGGAAGCACAACAACUGCAUGGCCAGCAACCUGACGCCAGCCAUCUAUGCCAGGCUCUGUGACAAAGCAACCCCUAAUGGCUGGACCUUGGACCAGUGCAUCCAGACAGGUGUUGACAACCCUGGCCACCCUUUCAUCAAGACGGUGGGCAUGGUAGCUGGUGAUGAAGAAACCUACGAGGUGUUUGCUGACCUGUUCGACCCAGUGAUUCAGGAGCGGCACAAUGGGUACAAUCCCCGCACCAUGAAGCACGUCACAGACCUGGAUGCCAGCAAGGUGUGUGAGCCAGGCAGUGGUGCUGCACAUGGGGGAACUUCCCCGGGACUCAGGGGACAGGAUCUCUGCCAGCACUGGUGCUGCCCCACGCAUCCCCAUGGCUCCUGUCUGUUCCAGAUCAAGUUUGGCCACUUCGAUGAGCGCUACGUGCUCUCAUCCCGGGUCCGGACUGGGCGCAGCAUCCGUGGGCUGAGCCUGCCACCAGCCUGCACCCGUGCUGAGCGGCGAGAGGUGGAGAAGGUGGCUGUGGAGGCGCUGAACGGCCUCACCGGAGACCUGGCGGGCCGGUACUACCGUCUCAGCGAGAUGACAGAGAAGGAGCAACAGCAGCUCAUUGACGACCACUUCCUCUUCGACAAGCCGGUGUCUCCGCUCCUGACAGCAGCAGGAAUGGCCCGGGACUGGCCUGAUGCCCGAGGGAUCUGGCACAACAACGAGAAGACCUUCCUGAUCUGGAUCAACGAGGAAGACCACACGCGCAUCAUCUCCAUGGAGAAGGGUGGCAACAUGAAGCGCGUCUUCGAGCGGUUCUGUCGGGGGCUGAAGGAGGUGGAACGGCUAAUCCAGGAGCGAGGCUGGGAGUUCAUGUGGAACGAGCGGCUGGGUUACAUCCUGACCUGCCCCUCCAACCUGGGCACUGGGCUGCGAGCAGGCGUCCACAUCAAGCUGCCGCUGCUCAGUAAGGACAGCCGCUUCCCUAAGAUCCUGGAGAACCUCCGGCUACAGAAGCGCGGGACGGGUGGUGUGGACACCGCAGCUACUGGCAGCGUCUUCGACAUUUCCAACCUGGACCGGCUGGGGAAGUCAGAGGUGGAGCUGGUGCAGCUGGUGAUAGACGGUGUGAACUACCUGAUUGACUGUGAGCGACGGCUGGAGAAGGGGCAGGACAUCCGCAUCCCCUCCCCAGUGCCACAGUUCCGGCACUGAGCUGGACCAAGGCAGCGCCAGCCCCAUGGGACCCAGCUUCUGCCAUAGCUUACGUGAUCCCUGUGCCCAGCAUGUCGCUGAGUCCUGUUACUGCAACGCGCCAGGCCAGACCCCAUAAACGUGCGCUGCUGUA